AUGACGACGCAUAGUAGCUCCUUUGACGAGCUGCACGCGACUGAUGGUAUUCGUCGGCGUCCAGCAGCGAAUGUGAAGGCGAAUGAUCCCACAAAUGCCACACCCGGAGGAACAGAUAAGGAUGAAAAGAGAGACGAGGCGCCUCGCACGACAGAAUUAGUGCUUGGUCGGACGCCCGAUGGACAGCUUUUUCGUGUUGUGGAAACGCGUGACAUGGUGAAGUCUGUUUUCCACCCUCAACAUCCCAAGACGCUGCUAGAUCUCGUAUUGCUGGGCCUCUUGCUUUGUCAGGUUUUUCUAUAUUGCAUUUUGACUCGCGAGCAAGCACAAACUUUUUUCCUCGUGUACUUUGCGAUAUGGCGCAUAACGUAUAAUGGAGGGCUUGGAUACAUACUCACCAAACAGAGCCAAACGCGUUGGAUCGUCAGGUUUGUCGAGAGGCGCGGAUGGCUAGAUGCAAAGAAAGCACCGCGCAUGCAUGCUUGGAUUCAUUCCUUUUACAAGACGAAGUUGGGUGCAGCAUACGACAUGACAUGUAUGCCGAAUGAGUUCAAUGUGUGGAUUCUUUUUCGCUCCUUGGUCGACGUGAUACUCCUGAAUGAUGUGACAGCGUACGCGCUCUUCAGCCUGUCUCAUGUACAAGGCCUUGGAAACUACGGCAUGUUGUUGUUUGUUGUACGGUGGUGUAUCGGUCUUUUGCUCCUUGCAUUCAAUGCAUGGGUAAAGCUAGAUGCGCACCGUGUCGUCAAAGACUACGCGUGGUACUGGGGCGACUGUUUUUUCCUGUGUCUCCAAAAUCUCAAGUUCGAUGGCGUGUAUGAAGUCGCGCCUGAUCCCAUGUACAGCAUUGGAUACAUUGGCUACUAUGGUCUUUCACUCCUCACAGGAAGCUACAUGGUGUUUUUUGUAUCGCUGGCCGCUCACGCAUUGCAGCUUUUAUUUCUCGUGGCGUUUGAGAAUCCUCACAUGGACCGUGUGUACGGUGAACGUGUGCCCAUUGCUGCACGUGUCUCCGAGCAGGAGCACAGCACCAAAGCGACACCCCCUGACGCACCACGAACGAAUGCGCAUGACCUGCAUCAUCGCUUGUUCCACGGGGAUAAUGUGAUUUUCUCGCACAUGGAUCUGUUCCGGUCGAGCGACUUCUUGCUGGUACUUUGUGUGGCGUACGCUGUUGCACCUGUGGUGCUUGUCCACUGUAGCCAUACGACGCUUCUUGUCAUUUCUGUCGCACACGCAUUAGCCUGGCGUCUCUUCCACUCGUUCGGUUUGGGACUGGCCCUUCGAUGGCAGUCUGAGCAGCGAUGGGUGGUGCACCAUUUUCUGAAACAUUACCACUUUGAGGAUGGCGAUGCUGCAGUAAAAGAGGCUUUCACGAACUGGAAAGCCAUUUACAACACAAGCCUGAUUAUGACAUACACCUCAUUCGCACUGAUGAGCCUGUGCAGCUACAUGACAUGGACAGAUGAGCUGUACAAGCUGCGCUACGUCCUGGGUGUGCUGUUGAUUCUUCUACACAUCUGGAGCGCUCGGUCUUCGUACCGAGUGCUGGGUCCCUUUGGAUGGCUGUACGGCGACUUUUACAUUGAUGCAUACCCCAAGCGCCUAUCUUAUACGGGUAUUUACCGCUUUCUCAACAACCCCGAGCGCUCCAUGGGCAGUGCGGCCAUCUUUGGUAUGGCGCUGCUAAGCGGCAGUCUGAGUGCCAUUGUCGUCGCAGCCAUCUCCCAUAUGUCGCAUUGGUGGUUCUUGAGCUGUGUCGAAGGUCCGCAUAUGCGCCGUGUGUACGGCGCUGAUGUACGCAAAGACUCGGGUGUCACGAAGCAGCUCAAGCAGCUCGGCCGCUCACAAUGGCUCAGUGUUGCCCAGCCUAGCGUGCAUGAGCUGGAGAAUGCGCUCAAAAAGGCACAGGGACUCAUGGGCCAAUUUUUCGACAAAAGCCGGCCGCAUAUGGAGCAUAUUGUGGACCAGGCACGCACUCUACUUCAACAGAAGACCGAGCAUAUUCUUACUAUGCGCACUGGCGAUUCCGUGCGUGAUAUUGACCAGGCCAAGUACCAUGUAUCGCCCAUCGCAUCGAAGCACACCAAGGAGCAGCGCUUCCAUAUCGGUGAACCGAUUGUGACGCAGUGGGCGGCCGCACACAACCACUCCCGGCGCGACUGGAUCGGCAUUUACCCAGUGGAGGCACUUCACACCGAUGAGCGCCAUGGCCACAUGCUUGUCACCCGAACGAGGUCGCGCGGCAAAUGGCUAGGCAUUGCUGAGGCAGAGUGGGAUGGCCCCGUGCACCUCGGCACGGAGCAAGGCAGCCUCGGCACGAAAGGCGUUUCGAAUGUGGACAUGGAUAAGCGCCAGGUACAUGGUGUAAGUGUGUUUCAAGGCUCGCGCCUCCCCUGGACACCGGGCACGUACGAGAUGCGAUACCAUCACGACAACACACACGACGUGCUCGCCAGGAGCGAGCGCUUCACCAUCUAUGUCGACACGCCUGCGGAUCCUAUGUCUUUCGACGAGACAUACAUGAUCCUCGCCAAGAUUGUGCGCUUUGCGCUCGUCGACUCGUCGCCAGCGAUAGAUGCCUACGAGUCGGCUGACAAGGACGAUCUGACGUUGUGGACACAAGAUCAGGCAAAGAACAUCGCUGAGGGUAUCAAACAAGCGUUCCACGUUGAUUUUAGCAAGGAUGUCAUUGUUGCCUGUGCCAACACCACGAUCCUCACCAAAGACAUUCUCACGGCUCGCGCGCUUCUUGCACGCUAA